AUGACGACCGUUCAGAAAAUCAAAGACAUUGAGGAGGAGAUGGCGAGGACGCAGAGAAACAAAAAUACCGAAUACCAUCUUGGACAACUGAAAGCCAAACUUGCCAAACUUCGCCGAGAAUUGAUUGCGCCUUCCGGAGGAGGUGGAGGCGGUCCUGGCAUUGGAUUUGAUGUUGCUCGAUCAGGUCAAGCAACAGUGACCGUCAUUGGAUUCCCCAGUGUAGGAAAAUCGACUUUCAUGUCCAAACUCACUGGUACUCACUCUGAAGCUGCUUCCUAUGAAUUCACUACGUUAACAACAGUACCCGGACAAAUGACAUACAACGGCGCACGAAUCCAAAUUCUUGAUUUGCCUGGUAUCAUCGAGGGAGCCAAAGACGGUAAAGGUCGAGGUCGUCAAGUGAUUGCUGUUGCUCGAACUUGUAACCUGAUCUUCAUCGUACUGGAUGUUCUGAAACCGCUCAACGAUUUGGCUAUUCUUACACAUGAACUGGAAGGCUUCGGUAUUCGACUCAACAAGAAACCUCCAGCCAUCUCUGUCAAGAAGAAGGAAAGUGGUGGUAUUGCCAUCACAAACACUGUACCCCUCACCAAGAUCGAUGCGCAGGAAAUCAGGGCUGUAUUGCAGGAGUAUCGAAUGAGUAACUGUGCCGUCUCGAUCCAUCAACCAGAUGCGACCAUUGAAGAUUUCAUCGAUGUUGUGGAAGGUAACAGGUUUUACAUCCCUGCCAUCUUUGUUCUCAACAAGAUUGAUGCCAUUAGUAUCGAGGAACUUGAUCUUCUGUACAAGAUUCCCAACUCUGUUCCUAUCUCUUCCAAGCUUUGGCUUAAUGUCGACGAGCUUCUAGAGGUCAUGUGGGACAAGCUGAACCUUGUCCGAAUCUACACCAAGCCAAGGGGCCAGCAGCCUGACUAUUCUUCCCCAGUGGUGCUGCAGCGUGGCAAGUGCACUGUAGAGGAUUUCUGUAACGCAAUUCACAAGGAGAUCUUGAAGCAAUUCAAGAAUGCUAUGGUAUGGGGCACAUCAGCCAAACAUGUCAGAGGGCAAAAAGUCGGGCUGGACCAUGUCUUGGAUGAUGAAGAGUGA